AUUCGUAAAUUGUUGUGUCACGCAGUGAUGCCAGACUGGAGGGGAAAUGUGAGCCUGGGCCAAGCUUCCCUGCUGGUACUUUGAAGAAUGCUUGCACCGUGGGCUUCCAAGGCCGAUCAGGAGAGACGUUGAUGCUGUCAGAGGUCGGCGGCAAGGACACAGAGCUCGACUCUCUCGACGACUGCCAAGUGACAAUUCAAGGCUGUCCAGCCACACUGUUUGCUCGCAGGCUCAGGAACUGCCACAUCCGGUGUGGACCAGUGGCCAGCUCGGUUUUUGUGGAAGAGUGUGAGAGCUGCACAUUUCUCGUUGCCUGUCAUCAGCUGCGAGUACACGACAGCCUCAAGUGUGAAUUUCGAGUGCACGUCCAGACACGCUCCAUCAUCGAGGACUCGAACGAGCUCCUGUUUGGCAAGUAUGACUUUGUCUACGACGGGGACGAGCAAGAUUGGUGUGCAUCACACCUCGACAGGACAGUGAACAACUGGAACAAGGUCGAUGACUUUAACUGGCUUGCAGCUGAUAAGCCUUCGCCCAACUGGGAGCUGUCACGGGUGUAAUAGGGUGACACGUGCCACAAUAAAUGCACGCAUUGUUGUGAAUGA